GCGGGUCGUGGCCGCCGGUUCUCCGGUUCUCCCCCUCCCCUACUUUCCUCCCGCCCUCCCUUUCCCUCCCUUGGCGGCUGUCGGUCGCCCGUCGCAGACUCCCUGACCCAUCCCCAACCCUUUCCUGACCUCGGUGCUACUCGAUUGGCCUCUUUUCCCUGUUUCUCGGCCCAGCCCCAACCCCCAGUGUCAGGGCGGGGGCCUUGAGCCAGAGGCUCUGCGGCAGAGGAAAGAAAAGACAAGACGACCCUCGGCUCCACAUCCGGAUCGCUCGGUUCACCGCCGCCAUGGCAAUGAGGCAGACGCCGCUCACCUUCGGCCACACGCGGCAUAUGGUCCAUUUGGCCUUCAGUGGCAUCACCCACCCAGGCGCCCCUUAUGGCUAUUUCUUAAUCAGCGCUUGCAAAGACGGGAAACCUAUGCUACGCCAGGGAGAUACCAGAGACUGGAUUGGAACAUUUUUGGGUCAUAAGGGUGCUGUUUGGGGCGCGACAUUGAAUAAGGAUGCCACCAAAGCAGCUACAGCAGCUGCAGAUUUCACUGCCAAAGUGUGGGAUGCUGUCUCAGGAGAUAAACUGAUGACCCUGGCUCAUAAACACAUUGUCAAGACCGUGGAUUUUACGCAGGAGAGUAAUUACUUGUUAACCGGGGGACAGGACAAACGACGCAUAUAUGAUUUGAACAAGCCUGAAGCAGAACCUAAGGAAAUCAGCGGUCACACCUCUGGUAUUAAAAAAGCUCUAUGGUGCAGUGAGGAUAAACAGAUUCUUUCAGCUGAUGAUAAAACUGUCCGCCUUUGGGAUCAUGCUACCAUGACAGAAGUGAAAUCUCUAACUUUUAAUAUGUCUGUUAGCAGUAUGGAAUAUAUUCCUGAGGGAGAGAUCUUGGUAAUAACCUAUGGACGAUCUAUUGCUUUUCAUAGUGCAGUAAGUUUGGACCCAAUUAAGUCCUCUGAAGCUCCUGCAACCAUCAAUUCUGCAUCUCUUCAUCCUGAGAAAGAAUUUCUUGUUGCAGGUGGUGAAGACUUUAAACUUUACAAGUAUGAUUAUAAUAGUGGAGAAGAAUUAGAAUCCUACAAAGGACACUUUGGUCCUAUUCACUGUGUGAGAUUUAGUCCUGAUGGAGAACUCUAUGCCAGUGGUUCUGAAGAUGGAACACUGAGACUAUGGCAAACUGUGGUAGGAAAAACAUAUGGCCUUUGGAAAUGUGUACUUCCUGAAGAAGACAGUGGUGAGCUGGCAAAGCCAAAGAUCAGUUUUCCAGAGACAACAGAAGAGGAGCUAGAAGAAACUGCUUCAGAGAAUUCAGAUUCCAUCUAUAGUUCAACUCCUGAAGUGAAGGCCUGAGCAUUGGGCAUAUGCCACAGAUAAUG